UUUAUUCAAGGCUUUACAUUAUUUUUUGUAAAUUUAUAACAAAUUUUCAUUUUUCUUCAAUAGUUUCCUUAUCUUUUCGUCCAAUUUUACGGUUAUCGCUAUUGACCAUAAUUGAAUUUUAAUGUGGAACAAUAUCUAUGCUGACAGAGAGUCCAGAUAAACUAAUGUUAAUCUAAUGUUAUCUAUGCAAAAUACUAUGAUUAAGAAACUCUACGAAUACGUUUUACACUCACUGUAAAUUAGGUCUAAAUUAGGUCUAAAUUACUCGGUACAUCCGCUGUCCGAGGGUUAACAUCGAAUAGAUGAUAUAGCGAACUAGAGCGAGAUUUUUCGGCCAUUUCCGGUCAGACCGGAAGUCUAAAUGCUAUAUGUAGCCCCCUUCUCAAAAUUUUCAAUCUUACAAGAUACGGUCCGUUUCCGUGGCCGGUUAUCGGCAAUCAGUUUCUACUAAAGCGCUUAACUCAUAAAUUGGGAGCACAGCAUUUUGCCUUCAUAGAGCUGUCGAAACGAUACAAUAGUCACCUGAUAAGCCUAGGUUCAGGCGCCAAUAAGGUAUUAGUCGUUUCUGGAAGCGAAUCUUGUAUGAUGGAGGUACUGAAAAGCGAGGAGUUUGAGGGCCGACCAUGGAACGCGUUUAUCGAAAUGCGAAAUAUGGGGAAGAAACAAGGUAUCACGAUGAACGACGGAGAUGAAUGGAGGGAAAUACGUGGUUGGACGAUGCGGACCAUGAGAUCCUUCGGUUUUGGGAAGCAAAACAUGUUGGAUAUGAUCAAGAACGAAUUGAAUAUAAUCCUAGAGAAAAUGAAGAAAGGGGGUGUACAACGAUUGAAACCGAUGAUCGUGCCUGCUGUAAUAAAUGUCCUUUGGAUGUUGACGACGGGAAAACCAUUUGGCGAUGAUCGAAAGUUACAGUAUUUUACCGAGUUGCUGGAACGUCGAGCACGAGCCUUCGACAUGAACGGCGGAUUUUUAGCCGCUUUCCCUUGGUUACGUUACGUUGCACCCGAGAUCUCAGGGUACAACCUUCUUGUAACGCUGAACAACGAGCUCAAGGCCUUCUUAAUGGAUAUUAUCAAUGAACACAAGCGCCAAUAUUCACCAGAGAAUAACGACGAUUUGAUAGAUCUGUUUCUUCAUGAAAUGUAUAGCGAAAAUGGUUCCAGUUCAGUUUUCAACGAGGAUCAACUGGUAAUGGUAUUGAUUGAUUUUUUCCUUGCUGGUUGCACCACCACGGCCACGUCCAUGGACUUCCUGUUUGUAAUCAUGAUGUUGCAUCAGGACGUUCAACGUAAACUGCAACAGGAAAUCGAUUCGGUGAUUCCACGUGACGAGUUCCCCGACUUGAAACACAAGAUAAAGCUUCCUUAUACAGAAGCUGUAAUAACCGAGUCGCAACGACUCUGGCCACCAUUCCCUAUAAUUGGACCACGACGAUGUCUUCGCGAUACAAACCUUGGGGGUUACAAGAUACCAAAAGACUCCACUAUACUACUAAAUAUGUAUUCCGUUCACGUAGAUCCCGAGCUAUAUACUGAUCCGCACACGUUCAAUCCCGAACGAUUCAUAAAGGAUGGAGUCUUCGAACCGAAUGUAAACUCCUUGUCUUUUGGAAAAGGAAGAAGAAGAUGUCCAGGUGAAAUGUUAGCAAAAUCUGCGAUGUUCCUUCUAUUCACUGGCAUAAUGCAGAAGUACACCCUACUUCCGGUCCCUGGCAAAGGACCAACUUCCCUAGAAAUUAAUCCUGGCCUGACGAUCUCACCAAAGCCUUACCAGUCAUUAGUUGUGCCACGAUAAUUUCUUUUAUCAGGCAAUCUCUUCCAGUAACUAAAUGAAUAUAUUUAUAAGUUGUUAUAAAAUUAAGAUAGGGUUUAUGGUUCUCUUUCUCUAUCGUAUUUUCUAUUUUUAGCAUCUAUGACGACGCUUCAUAAUAAAUGCUAAAUACUUAUUAGAAUAAUUAUCAGAAAGUGAAAAAACAAUAAAGGUACAGCAAAGAAAUUAUAUAUUUUUUUUUUGCUUGGUUAAUCGUGAUUCUAAUGAAAAGAAAAAAAAAAAAA